AUGUUACUCUCAGAUCCACCACCUCGCCCCCAGCCUUGCACAAUGCUCGAUAUUCAGGAUGGGUCCAACCCCCAAUACAACUUCCCCGUGUCGCAUUUACUGUUGAUACCUCCUCGCGUCAUCUCCAUGACGUUACCACCACCAAUGAACCUCAUCCCUAUACAAUCUACCCUUACACGAAUUCCGGAGCGCAAGCAUCUGUGGGUCUUUCUGACUCUCAACCCCGCAACGUCUCUCAUUCAUGGACAUGGAACGGUGGGUGUUCCUGGGACGCGUACCACAGCUCAACAUGAUACAGAGAACGCAGGGCUCAUACACCGCCAUUUCACACGACGAAUGAUGCCAUCAAACCUUGACACACAGAAGGCCUUCCCGCAUCCUUUUCUUGCGCCACCAUCUGUACCAUUGAUAUACGAUCUGCGCCAUCCGCCCACCUCUCUCCGUUUUCCACCAUCAUCUCCAUUUGCGGACUGUGGGUACGAACUCCUCCGCGUCCCACUUACGCUAGAGAGGCCCAAGCAAAUACGGCUCAUCAGCCCAUACUUUCCCUGGGCGUUUGACAUCGGCCCAAGUGCCGGAGAAGAGGUUGUGACGUGUCUCGACGUUCUCUCUACUCUGCACGCUGCAUUGCAGCGCCCACUCACAGACACCGAGUGGGGCGCUGCUGGAGAUGAUAAACGUGCGAGUCUUAUCAGAGCACGCGACCGUCGUCUAAGGAUACAACCUGUAUUGCACGGGAGCUCAAAUCCUGCGGCACCCGCUAGACCCACAGUAAGCUUUGAGAAAGCUGUGCCGCGGCAGCAGGAGCCACUGCUACUCCGUGUUGACUGGCUUGGAUCCAGCGUUGCAUUCAUAGGCUUAGUCAAGGAUGAGGCUUUUGCGAGGAAGAGAUUCGUUCCGGGUGGUAGGGAGCACCCUGAGACGUGGAUGGUGAAGUUCCAAAUAUUAUGA